UCGAGGUCGAUUCUUUAAAUUUUGUCAAUAGAAAGGCACAGGGCAUCAUUGACCGCGUGUAUUGUGUUUACCGUCGUCAUAGAAACGUGGACUAGAAACCACACCUAAACUGAGACCUACUUAAUUGUAUUUAAAAUCUGUUCUAUCAUUCGAAAAUCAAACCGUAGGAUACUACCGAUGAACCUACUUUAAGAAUUUGAAGUUAAAAAUUGUGAAAAACAUAAUAUUGUGUUCGGUUUUUGUAUUUAAUAAGUAUAACUGUUACUCAUUAAGGCUCUACUUUUUCUAUGCCAUUAUACUUACUACUUAUUAAUAAUUACUUUUGAUAAACCACAAUUCACAAUAACUCAAAGAAAAUAAUCAUCUCAAUGUUUUAUUUAAUUAGUGCAAGUGUUUAUUAAAGUUUUUGGAAAAAUGUAGAAUGCAUAUUUACUUGAUAAAAAGUAUAUGAUAUAGAAACGCUAGAUAUACAGCAUAGGAAGUAGCGACCAAUGGUAGAGUUUGUCAUUUAGAAUGUCUGUAGAGAGACAUAAUCUAAGACAGCUGCAAUGUGUGUGGUGGAUGCUUGUGAUCGUCCCAGUGGUGUCGGCAGGGAUCGCCUGUCUUGCCAACCCUUGCUUACACGGUAUUUGUAUCGACGACCUAAAUAGCACGUACUCCUGUUACUGUAUCGACGGAUACACGGGAGUCCAGUGUCAGACAAAUUGGGACGAGUGCUGGUCCAACCCUUGUCUGAAUGGAGGCACGUGCAUCGACGGCGUGGCUAGCUACAACUGCUCGUGUCCUGAUGGAUUUAUAGGAGACAGCUGCGAGACAAAUUACAACGAAUGCGAAUCUAACCCAUGUCUAAACAAUGGUACUUGCAUCGAUAUGACGAACGAGUACGUAUGCCACUGCAUACCAGGUUUCUCUGGGGACCACUGCGAGUUAGAUGUUGCUGUCUGCAACUCCACUGAGGAAGUCCGAUGUUAUAAUGGCGGGGAGUGCAUUGAAGGACCAGGUUAUAAGUUCUACUGCAAGUGUUUAUCAGGAUGGGAAGGUCUAAAAUGCGAGGAACAAAUUGACGAAUGUCAAUCAAACCCCUGUAGAAAUGGAGGAAUUUGCAUCGAUGCACACGCUGAUUACAUGUGUGCAUGCACUUAUGGUUUCACAGGGAAAAGCUGCGAAGUGCAAAUAGAGUUUUGCGAUGAGGAUUCGUGCAGUAACAAUGCUUUGUGCGUCGUUGAAGAUGGAGUAAGAAUUUGCUAUUGCGUCCCUGAUUACCAUGGCGAACGAUGCGAGCUGCAAUACGACGAAUGUUUAUUGGGACCCAGGUGUAUGAACGGUGGAACCUGCAUCGAUGGUGUAGAUAAUUUCACUUGCUCUUGUCCUCCAAGACUUACUGGGACGUUAUGCGAUUGCCUUGUACUAGAUGAUGGUAGUUAUGAAUGUGAAUAUGUCAGCCCAACAUAUAUACCAAGUUAUAAUGAAUCAAUCAUUACUACUCUAUUUACUGAAUCUACACCAAUUGGCAGUUCGAUGAUUGACUAUACGAAAUACAAUACCAGUUUUUCUACUACUACUUCUAUAACAAUAGUCCCAGAAAAUGUGAAUUUAACUACCACUAGUGAUUCUAUUACAAAAACUGUAACAACCGCUAUUACUACUGAAACUGCAGAAAUGGAUUUAACUACAGUAAAAACUGAAUCCACAACACUGGAAACUGAAUCACCUACAUCCAAAAUAGAUUCAAUUACUACAGAAACUGUAACGGAAGAAUUUUCACGAGAAACAUUAGAAGCAGAUAGUUCAAAGACUGAAGCUACAACUGAAUGUACAGGUUCUUGUGUCAAAACAAAUGACUCUACAAUAGAUGUGCCACCUCCUAUCCUAAUACCAACAAGCACUGAAAAACAUACAACUUCUAAGGAUAUUACAGAAUUAACUUCUCCUAUGACACACGAAGAAACUACUUCAAUUAAAACAACAGCAUCUGAUGGUUCAACAAAAAUAGAUGCAGCAAGUAUAAAAACUUCAACAGAAACAACGAUAUUUACUGAUGUCUCUACAACUUCAUCCAAAGACGUAACAACUGACAAAAUGUUUACAGACACUCCUGUAGAAACAACUAAUUCUACCGAUUUAGUGACAUUUCAAGUUUCUUCAACUGAAACAACAGAAUCAACAGAUGUAGAUGCCACUACUCAGGCGUUUCCAACGUUUCAGUCGGAAUGCACAAAUUCUUUUUGCAAUAAUCAUGGGACUUGCAUCAACACUCUACAUGGUAUUAGGUGCCAGUGUGCUUUUAACUAUGGAGGAAGAUUUUGCGAACAAAAAAUCAUUAUCAACUCAGCUGCUUUCGAUGGUAAUUCGUACAUAUCGCACCACGUCAGAAACUCAACAUCAAUAAAUAUUGGAUUCAAUGCAAAAACGCUAAUAACUGAUGGUCAGAUAAUGCAUGUGGAUAUAGCUGAUGGCGCAUACAUGAAGCUAUAUAUGGAGUCUGGAUUGUUGAAGUUUGAAUUUUCCUGCGGAUACCAGACAAUGUUGCUAAGUGAGCUCAAAACUUAUGUGAAUAAAGGAUAUUUGAUGAAUAUAGAAACUAGGUUAGAUCUUUAUUUGAAAGAGAAGCAUUGUAACGGCACACUUCGUCUCAACGACACGGUAGCUAUGAGUGGAGGACAAGUCGCCAACAUUAGCUCACUUGAUAACAGCACUGUCCUAUACUUUGGGAAUAUACCAAAUAGCAAUGCUACUUAUAGCAAACCGUUCGUUGGAUGCAUAAAAGAUUUGGUUGUAAAUGGCGAAAAGCGCGAGGUUUUCGACGAUGCAUUUGAUGCGGCAGAAGUGACGGAAUGCUCAUCCCUGUCCUGUCUAUCAUCGCCGUGCAUGAACGGAGGCACGUGCAGCGACCACGGCGAUACUUACACCUGUGCUUGUGCCAAUGGUUGGAUGGGAGAUCACUGCAAUCAGUCAGUUUGCAACCACAACCCUUGCCACUCUGGAGGCAGCUGUGUCCGCCAUCCCGGCAGUGGAUUUCUUUGCCUGUGUCCGUAUGGCAAGCAUGGCAUCUUCUGCGAGUACAAUGUAGAGAUAACAAGACCAUCUCUCGCUCCGAUAACAACAGGAAAAUCCUCUUAUGUAAUGUACCCCUUAUCUUCUGCUGCUAUGAACUCAGACCGCUUCGACUUACGACUCAGAUUUCAAACAGCCGAUAUGGAUCAAAUAUCGCUUCUGGCUUUUGUUGGACAAAGCGGAAGACAUGAUCCCAGAAGUCAGCACAUGGCUUUAGCGUUUGUAAAGGGCUAUAUAAUGCUGACGUGGAAUAUGGGAAGUGGUCCUCGUCGAAUAUUUACCUCUCGAGCUGUUGGUCCUCGACGGGGAGGCCAUACUGUCAGAGUGUGGAGACGAGGUCGGACCGCCGGCUUACUAAUAGACGGCAGACACAACGUCACCGGCAACGCACCAGCACACCGAUCCAACAUGACCUUGCUGCCUUACAUCUUCAUUGGUGGACACCCAUCUGAAGAUUUUCGUGACCUACCCCAUGACCUACCUCUACAUACCGGGUGGAGGGGAUGUAUCUGGGAAGUGGGGGGUCAGGCUAUUGGCACUGGAAAGGCAGUGGGAGGUAGAGGCGUAGGCCAGUGUGGAGUCGCGCAGUGCACUGCCAAAUCCUGCAACGCUCCUAGGGGAGUUUGUAUACAUUCGCCAGCUACUUAUGGGUGCAUUUGCAAUGAAGGGUGGUUUGGAGCUACAUGCGCCAGCAUACAGAGCCCGUGCGACCGCGCGCGUACGCGUUGCCGCGGUGCUUGCGUCAUCUCACUCGACGAGGCCCAGUGUGACUGUCCUUACGGAAAAACUGGUCUCUAUUGCGACCAAGAUUUGUUGCCGAUAGAUUUCUUAUUUUCUGGAACACGAUCGUAUCUGAAACUUGGCCCUCGUUCCAUAUCGAGCGUCAGCUUGUCAUUUGAAGCAGAAAUAAAGCCGACCAAAGAACGGGGUAUUGUGAUUUUUGUACAGACACCACAUUUUUACACGGCGCUGUCGCUUCAAGGGGGCCUAUUGGAGUAUCGAUGGACUGAUCAUUUGUCAGGGUUAACAUCGCUGGUCAGAUCUGGUGUGGUAUUGUCGAUGUCUCAAUGGCACAGCGUGAAGUGUGGGCGUUACGGGAAUCGGUUAUACGUGUGGGUGGACGGAUCCUUAAGUACUGAACCCAUGUUGGCCCACGCCUACCCUCAUACGGCUAGCGACGCUUCUAUUGCCAUAGGUGGUGCUAGAGACCUGGCGGUAUUGCCGUUUGAUGUGAUGUCUGGACCGCCGGAAUCAUACAGUGGCUGCUUCAGAAAUUUCCAUGUGAACAACAUACUCUUGCCCUUGGAGGAACAAAACAUUGAAGAGGGUCAGAAUGUUGGUGCUUGCGAAGGAGCGGCGGCAUGCAGUGGUACAAACAUUGGCAGUAGUGGUUUGCGAUGCCGUCGUUCCGCUUGCCGCCCCAACCAGUGUGCUGCGGGACGCUGCUACAGAGGACGUUGCAUUUGUCCUUCAGGACGCACUGGCUUGCAGUGCGAACAACAUAUAAACAUUACAAUACCUCAAUUCGACGGUGAAGCCAUGAUGUCACUGAGCCGCGUGGUUCCUGGAAGAAAUGAGCAGCGGCUGAGCUCUGCUCCGUCCCGACCUUCCUAUCUCGCUCUCAACUUUACCACGGCGGAUCCUAAUGGCUUGCUCUUUUGGAUCAAUAUGGGAAGCGACUUCCUAGGUCUAGGUCUCGACAAAGGCUACCUAAAACUAACGUGGUCACUCCACUGCAAUAACUCCACCAAACAAAAAGCUGAAUACUUCCCCCCACCCCCCAAACUACUGUCAAGUUUGGGCCAAGCUGGGUUCAUGGCGGAUGGGGAAUGGCAUUCCAUAGUUUUGUCACUUGAUAGUAAUGUCGAUUUGGUUAUCGAUGGAAGGUCGUACAUAGAGGAGCAGUGUUAUGGUGAGAAGGACUAUGAAGAUUUGGAUUUGUACGUUGGUGGUGUCACCGAAGAGGACUUUGUUGCUAGAAAAAUGUUCCCCCAAAACUUCAAAGGCUGCAUCGAUAAAAUAUCAACAAGACACAACACCUUUUUAUCCAACUACACAGAAGUGUACAGCGAAAACGUGCGAUCGUGUCAGUUGUUCCCCACUUUAUACACUGUAUGAAAAUUAGGUUGAAGUUAAUAGGAGUAGAAAAUAAUAACUUAUCUUACUGAUAAAUCAUAGUAGGUAAUUUAUCAGUGUAUAUUUUGGUGGUACGUUAGUAAGGAGUGUGUUCCGCCGCGCUAUGGGUUAGUCAGUCGACCUUUGCUUUGCCCCCUUAUACCUGACGACAUUUAUACGAUUUCGAUCAUGUGUUCGACGUAGAAAUAAAGUGCCUAGUCAUAAAAAUGUUUUUAGUCAAAUAAGUACCUAAUUAUAAGUUAACUAAUACUCAUAGUACAAAACUUUUCUAGUCUUUAUAUGUAUAACAAUUUGUGUCGUUUCUUAUAAUGUUACCUUUUGUACACA